CAUGACGGCGCAAGCAGCUGAGCGACAACGUUGCGUUUUUCUCCACAUAAGUUUCUAUUUUAUGUUACCCCAAAAUUGGAGUAAUUCUAAGCGAAAAUUGUGAGUGAAGCGUCAUCGCUUAGGGCAAACGAAGAACGGAAACGGAAACAAGAGGAUCGCAACAAAUCGCAAAUCCGGACACUGAUGAGCGCGACAGCCGUGACUACGGGCGGCGCUGCCGGCGACAACAACAACAAAAAUAAGAACGAGAAAAGAAACAACACCGCAGUUACAGCCACAGCUCUGGAUGAUGUGGUGCAAUAUGUGACGUUGUACGUGCGUAAACCGACGCCGCUAAGUGGUGUCGUGCUGCCCUUUGUGCCACUCUAUCUGACCGCUUUUUAUCUGUGGAUCUACGUGUACAAAAGCCACGACACCGAUGAGACUGCCGCCCUGCAGCAGCAGAACAAAACGGAUGAUGUGUUCGAUCGACUCGAUCAGGAUGACGGCGCCGCUUGGAAUGAAAUUGGUUUCAUUGCUGUGGUAGCCAUUGCAUUUCUGCAUGUGCUCACCCUGCUCUUCUGUUACUGGAGCGUUCACGUGCUCGCCUUUCUCACAUGUCGACGGGUCAAGCAGCCAGCGUUGGGUGUUCUAGCCAAGGUGGUGCCCACUGCGAAUAAUGGCAACUCCAAAAUUGUGCCCAUACAGAGCCUGAAGCUGGAGGAUGGCCAGCAGCAGUACUAUCUGGUGUUUCAGAAGACCAAAUACGUUUGGGAUGAGAACAAGGCGACGUUCCGUUCCGUGGAAUUUCCCGUCAAUGAACUGCUGAGUACUUAUGCCAACUCCCGCGGCCUGGAAUCGGAGCAAUCGAUUAAGACCGCCAUGCAAACGUAUGGCAACAAUGAAAUGGAUAUGGUUGUUCCGGAAUUUCAUGAACUAUUCAUUGAGCGCGCCACUGCGCCGUUCUUUGUGUUCCAAGUGUUCUCGGUGGGUCUAUGGUGCAUGGAUGAUUUCUGGUACUAUUCGCUGUUCACGCUCUUCAUGCUGAUCGCUUUUGAGUGUACGAUUGUUAAGCAACAGCUGCGUAACAUGUCCGAAAUACGCAAAAUGGGCAAUAAACCGUAUUUAAUAUAUGCGCUGCGCCAGAACAAAUGGCGUCACAUUGGCAGCAAUGAACUGUUACCGGGCGAUCUGGUGUCCAUUACCCGUUCUCAAAAUGAUAGCAUAGUACCGUGCGAUGUGGUCGUUCUGCGUGGCACUUGUAUUGUGGACGAGAGCAUGUUGACUGGCGAGUCAGUGCCACAGAUGAAGGAAUCCCUUGAAUCGCUGCAACAGCUCAACACCGAACUGGAUGUAGAGGGCGAGGGCAAGCUGACCGUACUCUUUGGGGGCACCAAAGUCGUCCAGCAUACGGCGCCCAGCAAGGUAUCGAUGCGUGCCCCCGAUGGCGGUUGUAUUGGUUAUGUCAUCCGCACUGGUUUUAACACAUCCCAGGGACGACUGCUGCGCACCAUUCUCUUUGGCGCAAAUCGGGCGACUGAAAACAAUUCGGAGACAUUUGCAUUUAUUGCAUUCCUGAUGGUUUUCGCUGUCGCCGCUGCAUCGUAUGUGUGGGUCAAGGGAAGCGAGGAUCUGGAACGCAAUCGCUACAAACUGUUUCUGGAGUGUGCUCUCAUACUGACGUCGAUUAUUCCGCCAGAUCUGCCCAUUGAGUUGACGCUGGCCGUGAAUACAUCGCUCAUACAAUUGACCAAAUUAUUUGUCUUCUGCACGGAACCGUUUCGCAUUCCCUUUGCGGGCAAGGUGCAGAUCUGUUGCUUCGAUAAGACGGGCACCUUGACAACGGAUAAUCUAAUGGUCGAGGGCAUCGCCGGACUGACGCCCAAUGGUAAAUGUGUGCCCAUUGAGGAGGCGGAGGAAGCCACAAUUCAAGUGCUCGCCUGUUGCCAUUCGCUGGCCCUGCUCGACGAUGGCCUUGUUGGUGAUCCGCUGGAGAAAGCCGCCUUGGCUGCCGUGGACUGGAACCUCACCAAGUCGGACAGUGUGAUACCGAAACGUGGCAAGCUCAAACCGUUGCGUAUCGUGCAACGAUAUCAUUUCUCAUCGGCCCUGAAGCGAAUGUCUGUCCUUGCUGGCUAUCUGAUGCCCUUCUCUAACGAUAUCAAUUAUAUUGGUGCUGUCAAGGGUGCUCCCGAAGUCAUUAUGGGCAUGCUGAAGAACAUUCCACAAGAUUACGAGAAGAUCUACUUGGAAUACGCACGCCGUGGUGCACGUGUUAUGGCGCUGGGUAUCAAGGAAUUUGGAACGCUUGGCGGUCAGCGCAUACGCGAACUAAAACGUGAGGAGGUGGAAUGUGACCUGACAUUUGCCGGCUUCGUGAUCAUCUCGUGUCCAAUGAAACCCGACUCCAAAUCCGUAAUUAAAGAGCUCGUGCACUCAUCGCACAAAGUUCUCAUGAUCACCGGAGACAGUCCGUUGACCGCUUGUCAUGUAGCCCGGGAGCUGCGCUUUACGACCAAGAAACUUCUGAUAUUGACGCGACCGCCGCUGCAACAGGAAGGUAUGGAUGACUGGAGCUGGGUGUCCGUCGAUGGCGAGCGCACCUAUGCCGUGGACGAAGUGAAGGCAGCCAAAAACAUUGCUAUGCUGCUGGCCGCCCACGAUCUGUGCAUCACCGGCGAAGGAUUAAUGUAUCUGCAGCAGUCGCAUCCUGCCUACAUGCUCAAGGUGCUGCCCCAGGUCACCGUCUGUGCGCGUUUCGCACCCAAACAAAAGGAGUACAUCAUAACGACACUGAAACAGCUCGGCUACUAUACACUCAUGUGCGGCGACGGCACCAACGAUGUGGGCGCCCUCAAGCACGCUCACGUGGGUGUCUCCCUACUGACCAGUGCGCCCGUGAAGCGCAAACGCACCGAACAGGAAUUGCAGCAGAUCAAUGCAGCUGCCACAGCAGCCGCCGCAGCUGCAACGGCCAACGCCAAUCAACAGCUGUCGCCGCGUGAGCGUGCCCUGCGUCGACGCCAGGAGCAUAUCGAUCGGACACAGGCGCGUCUCCAGCACGCCCUGCGCGACAUGGAGGAGCAAACAAUGGUGAAACUAGGCGAUGCGUCUAUUGCGGCGCCAUUUACCAGCAAACUAUCUUCAAUUAUGUGCGUGAACCACAUCAUCAAGCAGGGCCGCUGCACUCUGGUCACCACACUGCAAAUGUUUAAGAUUCUGGCGUUGAAUGCACUCAUCCAGGCCUAUUGUCAGUCUGUGCUCUAUAUCGAUGGCGUCAAGUUCAGCGAUACGCAGGCCACCAUGCAAGGCAUUUUUAUAGCGGCAUGUUUUCUGUUCAUUACACGCUCCAAGCCACUGAAAACGCUGUCGAAGGUCGCACCACUACCAAACAUAUUCAAUUUGUACACCAUAUCAACGAUACUCACACAAUUUGCGGUGCACUUUGGUGCGCUCUACUAUCUAACCAGUGAAGCCACGGCGCUGGCGCCGCCCAGAGUGGGCAAGGUGAAACUGUAUAUUGACAUGGAUGCCGAAGAGAAAACCAAAUAUGAUCCGAAUAUAGUUAGCAGCACGGUUUAUAUCAUUUGCGUAUCGCUGCAGGUGGCCACCAUUGCGGUUAACUAUAAGGGACAUCCGUUUAUGGAGAGCCUGCGAGCUAAUCGUAUGCUAAUGUGUGCCAUUGGGGCCUCUGCUGCUUUGGUGUUGUUCCUCACCACUGGCAUUGUGCCCGGCCUGACGCAAUUCUUUGAAAUCGUUGAUUUUCCAGCAAAUUUCCGCCAAACAUUGCUCAUUGUACUGGUUGUGGAUAUUGUUGGCGCGUUUGCAUUGGAUCGCAUUUGUUCAUUCCUAUUUGGGGAGACGCGUAGCAAGUCCAAAGUCCUAAACUGUUAGAGCUAGAAGUUACCAACAACCACAAAUGACUUAGACAGCGCAUCAUUCAGUGCGCAGAUUCCACCUCCUUCUCCUUUAAUAAGUACAUUUUCAAUAUAUCUCAAGUAUGAUUUUCAUAAAUUUGUGAGUUGAGUCCCUCCCUCAGGUCUAUCAGCGGCUCCACUGGCUGCAACUUGUAUUUAAUCUUAGAGUGGUUUAUUUUUGGCGUCGGUUUCUUAAUUGUUUAAAUUAAUGAACAAUACAAAUAAUGCAUUUUUUGCUCAUACAUGUAUUUGAAAGUUUUGUGCGCUUAAUUUGUCGGAUCUAAUGAGUUUAUUAAUUAAAAUAUGCAAUUAGUAAAAUUGACGUAAGAAUUUGUAAUCGUAAUAAAUAUGUAGCUAAAAAAAUA